AUGGACCGUUGGUUGAAAGGUGGACAUUUUAAUAAGAAGCCUGUUACAGAGGAAUCUCUUAGUACUCAGUCCGUAGAAGGCAGAAUCAAUGACGAAAAUGGUAGUCAAGUAGUUCAUCAUUGUAAUUCAAAUGCAAAUGGCUUCAUAAAUCCGAUCAAAAAACGUAAAUACAACGAAAGUUAUUUAGAGAUAGGGUUCUCAGAAACUAAUGAUUGCCAGCCACAGUGCGUUAUUUGUUUGAAAAACCAUCCGGAUUAUGAAGGUAAAAAGACUGACUAUUUUAAACGAAAGCGCACUGAACUAUUGGCUGUUCAAAACAAAAUAAAAACACACGUUCAAACUGACAACGAAAAUGCAUUGAGAGCUUCUUAUAUGGUGAGAUACCGCAUUGCUCAAAAAGGUGAAGCUCAUACUAUUGCUGAAACGCUUAUAAAACCAUGUCUUAUUGAUAUAGCAACUUGUAUGCUUGAAGAAAAAUUUGCCAAACAGUUGUCAACAAUUCCUUUGUCAAACAAUACUGUUGCGCGACGAAUAGCAGAUUUAGCUACAAAUGUAGAACAAACACUUGUCUCUAUUAUUAAAUACAGAAAAUUUGCUCUACAAAUGGACAAAUCAACUGAUGUGGCAGGUCUAGCUAUUUUGUUGGUGUUUGUUCGUUACGAAAAUAUUCAUUCUUUUGAAGAGGACCUUUUAUUUUGUCGACCACUUUUAUCAAAUACGACGGGGGUCCAAAUUUUCGGAUAA